AUGAGAGAGACAGAGAGACCAGACCAGACCCGACCCUACUGCCUCCCGGCUGAACCGCAACGUGGCACUGCCACUGGGCACCUGACGCCUCUUGCCUUCCGCUGGGAUCAACGCGAGGAACCACCGUCUCACUGUCGGAUCCACCAGGGCAUCCCGACAGAUUCAAGCUUCAAGACGGUCGAGGCCGAGACUAAUGCCAGCGUUUACCGAGCCUCGUCCAAUGCAGCGCGGACUGCAGAGGCAGCAGCCGCUAGCAGCAGCCAGCAUGACCAGCAGCAACUUAGCAGCAGCAGCAGCAGCACCUCCCCGACCCACGGAGGAUGCAGCUAA